CGGCCUGGCCGUUUCUUUCCGUUGACAGACGCCAUAGUGGUAGGGUCGUUUCGAAGCAAGCGGAACGUUGAUACUAGAAACAGUAACUUGCUCGGGCAGAGUCAGUUUUCUACUGACUCUCAGGUGAUUUCGUGAAUUAUGGCCGGUGCGGAAGCGGCGGGCGUUAAGCAAGAGGUGCAAAAUAAUGCGCCGCCUGAGAAUGCUACUGAAAAUGCACGAGAACGCGUUGGUCCUGGAGGAGGUGGUCGUGGCGGAGGUCGCGGUCGUAAAGGCGGCACGCGUUUCUCCGGUGGUCGCGGUGGUGGCGGUGGCGGAGGCGGUGGAAUGCCUACAAGAAACGACGGACCGGUAAGAAAAUUUCCCAAAAUGAAUGACUCCAUGGAUGUUAGCAUGGACAAUUCUAUUUCGGAAAGUGGUGGUGGCCCCGGCGUCGGUGGAGGAGGCGGCGGUGGAGGUAGUGGCGGAGGCCCAACUCCUAUUAUUGGUGGCGGUGGCGGCGGUGGAGGCGGCGGCGGCGGAAUGGGAAUGGGAGGAGGUAUGGGUAUGGGUAUGGGUGGUAUGGGCGGCGGCGGUAUGGGAGGAGGUAUGGGUCGAGGAGGUCCCAUGCGCGGCGGCCGCGGUGGUGGCGGAGGAGCGCGAGGAGGUGACAGAGGAAUGGGUGGCCGCUCACAGGACGAUCGAUUGAUGGAGCGUAUAAUGAGUAUUAGUGGACCAACACAUGAGUUGCCACCUCAAGACUUGACGGAAAAGAAAUUCAGUGGACGAAAUCGAUUGUACAUCGGAAAUUUAACUAACGACGUCAGCGAGGAAGAAAUUCGGAAUAUGUUUGGUCAAUAUGGCGAAAUUUCUGAAUUAUUCGUUAACAAAGAAAAGAACUUCGCCUUCUUACGAAUGGACUAUCAUCCGAACGCUGAAAAAGCGAAGCGUGAGCUGGAUGGCACGAUGCGCAAAGGGCGUGCUCUCAAAGUACGUUUUGCGCCUCACUCGUCGUCUAUAAAAAUAAAGAAUUUGACGCCGUGGAUUUCAAACGAGUUGCUCGAAAGAUCCUUUAGUGUAUUCGGUGAAAUUGAACGCGCCAUUGUGAUAGUCGAUGACAGAGGGAAGACUACCGGGGAGGGAAUCGUCGAAUACAGCAAAAAACCAUCUGCCCAAGCAGCCCUUCGAAAAUGUACAGAAGGCUGUUACUUUCUUACAGCCUCUCUACGACCGGUUAUCGUAGAACCUUUUGAACAACAAGACGAUGUCGAUGGAUAUCCGGAUAAAAAUCUACCACGCAAAAAUCCUGAAUUCUUCAAAGCGCGAGAAGUUGGCCCUAGGUUUGCCCAGGUUGGCAGCUUUGAGCACGAAUAUGGUACAAGAUGGAAGCAGCUGCACGAACUGUAUAAACAGAAAGAAGAGGCUUUAAAACGAGAAAUGGCCAUGGAAGAGGAAAAACUUGAAGCUCAAAUGGAAUUUGCCAGAUACGAACAUGAGACUGAAUUGCUUCGAGAACAAUUGCGUAUGCGCGAAGCUGAUCGUGAAAGACAAAAAAGGGAAUGGGAGAUGAAGGAGCGACAAGCCGAGGAACAGAGAACGCGCGAAGAGGAAUUACGAAGAAGGCAACAAGAAGAGAUGACAAUUCGCAUUAGGAGACAAGAAGAAGAAUUGCACAGGCGACAACAAGAAAAUAACUUAUUUAUGCAGGAACAAGCCAUUCGCGGAGGUGGCAUUGGCGGUGGCAAAAAUUACGAUUCUGUCAGUAACAACGACCGUGAUGGUUAUGGUCAAGCAGACGGUGGGAACAGUUUGCCAGUGGAUCCAAAGUCCUUUAUGGAUGCAUAUAAUAACAUGGAUCGUAAUAAUCGCGGGGGUUACAACGACGACCGCGGUCAAAUAAUGGAUCUGAUGGACAUGAGAGUCGAUAUGGGCAACAUGGGCAGCAUGGGAAAUAUGGGAAAUAAUCGCGGUGGAGGUGGCGGAGGUGGUGGCGGUGGAGGUGGUGGAGGUGGUGGAGGUGGUGGUGGGGCUCGUUGGCAAGGUGGCAACGAUCGGGGUCGUCAGGAUGAUUAUCCGAACAAACGCAGACGAUAUUAGAGAACCCCGGAAGCCUUUACUCGAAAUUAGCUUUACUUUUAGAAAGUCGAGAACAAUAAUUCAAUAUCGACGAUAUAUGCUCUCCUGGCCUUUGGCCGUGCGGCUUCUGCUCGGAACGCGUUAUUACUAAUGCUACGUCCAUCUACCACCGGCCGAUUCCACUUAUUCAUUCGUCCCGUUGAAGUGCGUGGGCUUGGACGUCGCUUGAAAAUAUGAAAGUGACGAGGGGGAAAGGCGGUGCUUCGUAUAAUUACACAAUAACGCGACUGCGAGUAGCUCUUAAAUACUUGACUGGGAUCCGGUCGAUGGGGAAGAGCACGGUAGGACAGCCUUGCGGUUCCACCGCAUGUCGAUCGAUAAUGCCUGAGGUGUCCGAUGUCCACAGCCUCCGUGACUUGACCUGCGAAAACUUUCUCAUUCAGGCUGCUAAGAAUUAUUUCUGAGAUGCGUGCAAGGGGUGCGUCGAAAAUGAGAAAAAUUUUAAGUUUAAAAGUGAAAUGGAUGAGAGAAAAUUUGUCGAGAAUUGGACCUACUCCUUAAAUUUAUUUCGCGUCUUGUGACGCGCAAAAUCUUCGUCCUCUGGUUAUGUCUGAGGAGAAAAAAGGGAUAUUCUUUUAUAUCUGAUAGAUUUUCUUUUCCCUUCAACACUACGUACGUUCAUUUAAGAAUACUUAUCGAUGCACCUAAGAACUUUGUAUAGUAUAUUGUUUCGAAGAAGAAUGUCCUGCGAGUCUUAACUGAAAGAAUGAAUUCUUUAUGAAAGAAUCAACGAUUCUUUGAGAGGCUGCUUAAUCUAACCAUCGCGACCUCGUCGCCCUUUAAUCACGCGAAGAUGUCCUCUCGUGACUAAAUUUAUUAUUUGAUCAAUCAUUCGUUAUUAAUCUGUCGAUCAAGACGCAUUGAAAGAACAUCUCGGAUUGAGACGAGAUAGCGCAUCUACCUUGUGACCAUCGUAAUUUUUAUACAUUUCUGUCUGUUCACAGUGGCGAUUCGAAUUGUCAGGGGAAGAAUUAUUUCGAAGCAAGUUCGAAUCGCCCAUUGGGAAACUGAUAUGGUGUAUUCUUUCUCACGAGGACUGAACAUUCUGUUUGAACCGGCUGUAAGAUUGAUUUGUACGUUACGUAGGAUAGGAGUGGCCCUAGUUACUAAGCUGAAAGAAAGAGGAAAACGUGACUGAAACGGACGUUGGUCUGUUUAAGAAAUAUGCGUGAAGUUCUUGAGUGAUCCUCCGCGGAUCGUACAAUGACGAUAGUAGUAUUAACAUUAAGUUUACUUAUCUUUGCGAAAUUGGUUAUUAUGCCGAACCAAGAGUCGCGAAGGGCUCGAUCAAUGGGAGCGUUGUAUGGCUUUCUCUCGUCUGCAAAUGCUCGAUCGAGUUAUUACUUAAUUUUAGAGUAAGGCCUUUAUAUGAUAAAUAACGGGCCAGGGCCGCCCGAACUUUGUCAAGGAACUUCGUCGUCAGAGACAUAAUUUUAUCAAUAAAGUUCUAAAAAUAAAUAUAUUGCUUGCGUAGAAA